GAAAAUGAAUCCAGGGGAAAAAGGCCGUCUGUUUUGUUGCACCUUUUGUUGCGAUCAAUUCCGAACUAAAUAUGACUGGGCUCGACAUGAAAAGUCUCUCCAUCUGAACCUGGAAGAAUGGGUCUGUGCACCCCAAGGCGGGACGGUAGUUUCGCCUUCUACUGGGGGAAGGCAUUGCUCGUUUUGCAACAUGCCAGACCCGACAGCGGAACACCUCAACGAACACAAGUAUGAGCCUUGCAUGGGUGGUACGCGCACUUUCCGUCGCAAGGACCAUCUGGUGCAACAUCUGCGACGGACGCAUCAUCUUGAGACUCUACCCCAGAUCGAUGAUUGGAAAGUCCAAGGGCCUCCAGUUACGUCUCGCUGCGGUUUCUGUGACCAGAGGCUGUCGUCCUGGGAAGAGCGAGUCGAUCAUCUCGGCAAUCACUUCCGCAGUGGAUCGACGAUGGACGACUGGCGAGGGGACCAUGACUUUCCUCCGGCCAUUGCCAAACUUGUGGUGAACUCGCUGCCACCGUAUCACAUUGCUUCGGAUUCGCGUGUACUUGUGCCGUUCUCAGCCACAAACUUCCACCACUAUGACCAUCUCAACCAGAUAAAAUCACGACUGGGGACGAGCGAGUUGAAUGCCCCUGACCAUGAACUGAAUGCCGACGGCCAGCUAGGGUCUUUCGGAGAAUCAGUCAGUGCUGGGUCGGGGAACGAUAUGAUUGAGGUCCUUGUGUUUCACCUGAGUCGCUUUGCGCGCCAGCAGAUGGACAAGGGGAUCAUUCCUACGGACGAAAUGCUGCAGCAGGAGUCGAGGAGACUGGUUUACGACUGCGAGGAUUCGUGGAAUCAGACCAUCUUUGACAAUCCCAAGUGGAUUGCUGCCUUCCGACGCCAGCAUAUUGAUCAAGUGGCAGAUUCUGAGAGGGAUGGGAUGCUGCAUCAUUUGAAUGGGUUUUCCCUUCAUGACGAUGAUCACGGACCAAAAUUAGAUAAUGCAUGAUGACAGAGCUCAACAAGACUAACGGCAAUUAUGUACACAAUGUCGCACCUAGUGCGAAAACUGUGGCCACAGCGAGGCAAAGAGAAGCUUUACUCUACCCUAAGCACAGACUGGCUACGAUGUACCCUCAUUGUUAUUCCGCUCGUCGCUGCGCCACUUGCGUGGCGUUUCAAUCGAAUCCACCAUUGAGAUUAUCUUCAAUGGGAUGUCAAUCUGAACGGUUGAUAUAAUCCCGGCUCAUGAGACAAGAAGCAAACGAGGGGACAAGAACUUUGUCCCUAGGAAGGGUGAUUGGAACGACAACCGAGGCCUCGUAACAAUCACCGGC